AUGUAGGUCCUGUAGAGGAGGUAUUUUUGAUUAUCAAAGGAAAUGAGCUUCAGUAUGGCAAUACUCUUAUUAGGCUUCUAAUGAGCAUGGACCUUUCAAACAACCAUUUGUCUGGAGAGAUUCCCAAAGAACUGACAAGUCUUAUUGGGUUGCGAUCAUUGAACUUAUCAAGAAAUCAUUUGAUUGGAAACAUCCCUGAGAAGAUUGGGGACAUGAAAUUAUUGGAAUCUCUGGAUUUAUCAAUUAACAAACUCUCUGGUGAAAUUCCUCAAAGCAUGUCAAAGCUAACAUUUUUGAGUGUCUUGAACUUGUCAUAUAACAGUUUGUUAGGUACUAUUCCAUUGAGUACCCAGCUCCAAAGCUUUGCUGCAUCCAGCUUUAUGGGCAAUUCCCCAGAACUCUGUGGACCUCCACUCACACAGAAUUGCACUGAAGAUGGGCUUAACAAUGAUGUUAGAAGAGAAGAUGAAGGCAAUGUCUUUCAAAUGGAAGGGUUUUAUGUCAGCAUGGCCUUGGGAUUUGUGGUUGGCUUUUCGUGUGUAUGGGGUCCCUUACUGUUCAAAAAAUCCUGGAGAUUUGCAUAUUUUCAGUUUUUGGCUGAUAUGAUAGACAAAUAUUUUGGCUAA